AUGUCCCAAAUGUCCCCAACAUCCUCCUUGAUGUCCAAUGCCCUCCUCAAUGUCCCCUCAAUGUCCCCCACGUCCUCCUCGACAUCCCCAACGUCCUCCUCGAUGUCCCCAAUGUCCCCAACGUCCUCCUUGACGUCCCCAAUGUCCUCCUUGAUGUCCCCAACAUCCUCCUUGAUGUCCCCCAUGUCCUCCUUGAC